UAUUCGAGGAAGAGAGUCACGUUCUCUGCCCUCAGCAGCACAUCAGAGCAUUUCUGUUGACUUCAGCCCCUCUUGCUGCACUGAGAAACAGAACAGAGUUUGCCAGAGGAAGGAAUUUUUUUUAUUUAUUUUUUUUUCUGUGGUUUGUUGUGUGGUUUUCCUUCUCUUGGCCAAGACUCAAGAACUUCCUGAGUAACUUUUCAGAGAAUCUGCUCCGGCAACUCCGCAACAAUAUGCUCUGUUUGCUUUUUAUAACAUAAAUAAAUUUGAAGAACUGCCAAGGAGGAAGAGGGGAGGAAGCCAGGGAAAACUGAAGUGAUGGUGUGAGGAAUGCCUUUUGGCAGAAAGGCCUGAGUGAAUAAAAAGGGUGUGUGGACAAAGGAGCACUGAGAGCUGCUGGGACAACUGGCAAGUCCAGCCCAAGGAGGCUCAGGAUCUACAGACACACUGCAAAGGACAAGCUCUGGCUUCUCUGCAAGCCUUCCCAUUAAGGUUCAAAGAUGAGGAAGCUUCAGAGAAAUACGAGUGUAUUGCAGCAAACCAAAAUUCUUCUGUGGAAAAAUUUACUUCUUAAGUGGAAGAUGAAAAUGCAGAGCUUUCAGGAGUGGGUGCUGUGUCUCCUCUUCCUGCCCGUGAUUUUCCUGCUGUGCAAUUUCAUGACGCAUUUCCACUACCCCGAGGUGCCUUUCAGCCACCUGGGGCACUUAGAUGAUCCUGCCUAUAAUGCCACUGGGGACACCAUUGCUUUUACACCCAUCACUGUGACCACCAGGCGGAUAAUGAAUAAAGUGGCCUUGAACUCUCUAAUGACAGGUAUAAAACUAGAGGCACUGGACAACGAGAAAGCUCUGGAGAAAGCCUGGGUUUCAAAUAAGAAAGUGAUAGGGGUUGUAUUUAAAGACAACUUCUCCUAUCACCUCAGGUUUCCAACUGGGAGUGUGGUUGUUCCCAAUGACAACUUUGGAUACAUAGAUACCUGCUACGAUUUCUCGGCAUCAUAUUGUCACAGCCCAAAGUACUGGUACGAAGGCUUCCUGUCCCUGCAGUCCAGCAUUGAUGCUGCCAUUAUAGAGAUGGUGGCAAAUCGUUCUGUUUGGGAAGAAAUGAAAUCAAUUGCUGGUGUCCGUAUGAAGUCCCCAAGCAUCAUCACCGUCACACUGGAGUUCAAUUACCUCCUGGUUAUUAUCGUGAUGUGUUUCUCUCCCUUCAUGUAUUUCUUAACAAUGAACGUUGCAAAAGAAAAGAAGAAGCUCAAAGUGGUGCUGAAGACGAUGGGGCUGCACGACAUUGCGUUUUGGCUCUCCUGGAGUCUGCUGUAUGCUGUUUAUGUGCUGGUCCUCUCCUGCCUGCUGACAGCUCUCAUGGUGCGGAAUACUUUCUACCUCAGCAGCUUUCCUGCAGUCUCACUGCUGUUUUUCCUGUAUGGCCUAGCAAGUAUCCACAUGGUCUUCAUGCUCUGCUCCCUCUUAAAGACCUCCAAACUUGCUACCUUCAUGGGGUUCCUCAUCACCUUCCUCUUUGGAUGCCUGAGCCUUGCUGUGCUGAUAGAAAAUAUUCCAGACCCACUGCAGUGGUUUCUGAGUCUCUUCUGUCCUUUUGCCUUCUGUAGUGGCAUUGCAAAGGUUUUCCGUUUAGAAAAAUAUGGAAAGGGUUUCUCUUUUUCUAACCUUACGGAGGAUUCACACUUUUUAUUUUUGACUUACAUUGUGUUGGUCUUUGACUCAGUCUUGUACCUGCUGCUGGCCAUGUACUUCGACAGAGUUCUGCCAGGGAAAUAUGGCAUCCUAGAGCCCCCUUUUUUCUGCCUGAAGCCCUCAUUCUGGAUGCAGAGCAGGAGAAGCUCCACCAGGGAAAUGCCCAGAACUGCAACAAGCUCCGAGGAGUUCUUUGGUGAUGAUGUAGAACCCGUGUCCCCUGAAUUCCUGGGGAAGGAGGCCAUCAGACUCAGCAAUGUUAAAAAGCUGUAUAAAAAGAAAGACAAGAUGACAGAAGCUUUAAGAGGUUUGUCUUUAAAUAUUUAUGAAGGUCAGAUCACUGCCCUGGUGGGCCACAGUGGGGCUGGAAAGACGACGCUGUUAAAUGUGCUCAGUGGACUCACUUUGCCCUCUGCAGGCUCUGCAACCAUCUACAACUACAAGCUCUCUGAAGCAGGAGACAGGGAAGAGAUUAGAGAGAUGAUUGGCAUUUGCCCACAAUUCAACGUCCAGUUUGGAGUCUUAACAGUGAAACAAAAUCUGAAAAUUUUUGCAGAAAUCAAAGGCAUCAAGUCCAAGGAGGCAGAGCAAGAGGUGCAAAACAUUUUGGACCUGCUGGAUAUCAGUGACAUUCAAGACACUCAAGCUGAGAAGCUGAGUGGUGGGCAGAAAAGGAAGUUAUCCAUUGGAAUCACCAUGCUUGGAAACCCCCAGAUUUUGUUGCUGGAUGAGCCAACAGCUGGGCUGGAUCCUCUGUCCAGGUACCAGGUGUGGAAACUCCUCAAGGAGCACAGAGCUAGCCAGGUCAUCCUGUUCAGUACCCAGUCCAUGGACGAGGCUGACAUCCUUGCAGACCGCAAAGCUUUUCUCUCGCACGGGAGGCUGAAGUGUGUUGGUUCUUCUCUGUUCUUGAAGAAAAAAUGGGGGAUUGGCUAUCAUUUAAGGAUCCACAUCAGUGAGUCUUGUGACUUGGAGAACGUGACAGCUGUGGUGAAACAGCACAUCCCCAAUGCCGUGCUCUCAGGACACAGUCAAUAUGAGCUGAGAUAUAAACUGCCAUUAGAAAACACAAAUAAAUUCCCAGAUCUGUUCAGUGGCCUCGACAGCUGCUCUGACCAGGGGAUUACCAAUUAUGGAGUCAGCAUGACAACCCUGGAGGAUGUCUUCCUGAGACUGGAUGAAGAAGCCACAGCGGAUCAGGAAGAUGAGUGUGUCCUUGGGGAGGAGAGGGCAGGCGCAGGACCGCGGUGCCCUGGGGAGACAGAGCUGGGCUCCCUGCUGCUCUCGGAUGGGGAGAAGGUGGUACUCAGCAGCUGGGCUCUCUGGAGGCAGCAGGUCUCUGCCAUGGCACGGGUCCACUUCUUGAGGCUUAAAAGUUCAGCAAAAACCCUGCAGUCAAUUUUGCUGCUCUAUGUGGUUUUUCUGCUUCCUCUGGUUUUGCAACUGUCCCUGGCUGCUGCCUGGAAUAGCUUGGGAGCUUGGGAGCUCUCAGCAGCACGGUACUUCUUGCCCCUGGGGAAGAGGGCUCACUCGGAGACCACCAGCCUCCUGGUCCACAACAGCACAGGCACAGCCAUUGAAGACUUUAUCCACACUCUUGAGAGCCAAGAUCUCAAAGUGGAAAUGACAAGCCAAGAAAAUAUCACCGAGGAGCUAAAACACAACGGGGCUAUACAAGUGUCCCGCAAAGGCCAGAGCUACAGGUUUACUGUGUUGUGCCACAUAGAGGCCAUCAACUGCUUCCCAGUGCUCGUCAACGUCAUCAGCAACUCUCUGCUGAGAGCCCUCAAUUCCACUGCACACAUUCGGAUCUGGAGCCAUCCAUUCUUCUUUAGAAAUCCUUCAGAAUUCUGGGAUCACCUUCUUUCUUUUUACUGCUUUUAUAUGCCGUUGUUAUUCCCUGCUUUUCCUCCUCACUUUGCAAUGGGCUACAUGCAGGAUUACAAGGUGGGAGCUCGUGCCCAGCUGAGGACCUCAGGGCUCUUUCCCUCGGCGUACUGGUGUGGCCACGCACUGGUGGACAUCCCACUCUGCUGGUUCCUUCUCUUCACCAUGUUUGGGCUUCAGUUUGCAAUGAGCAACAAUAUUUCUGGGAGCGUCGAUACCUUCUUCUUCCUGAUCAUGGGUACUUGUGGCUAUGGAAUUUCCAUUGUUCUCUUCAUCUAUGUCAUCUCCUUCGUCUUCCGCAAAGGAUGGAACUGUAAUUUUUGGUCUUUUAUCCUGAUAGUGGUAUGCUUUGUUUCUUUUAUCAUCAGUAAAAUCAUGGACUUCGAAACCAGUCCUAUUAUGUCUCUCUACGUUGUGUGUCUCCUGAUUCCUGUGUACCCACUGCUGCCUGUCACCUACCUCAGCUACCAUAUUUUUAUAGAAGAAGCUUACAUAUUAGCUCUGAUUGCGCAGGAUCAUGCACUAAUAGCUGUCUUUGCACCUUACAUCCAUUCUGUUUGUUUCAUUGUUCUCCUUCGAUUUUUGGAGCUAAAACGUGGAAAAGCAGUUCUGAGAAGGGACCCAAUAUUUAGGAUUUCCCCAAGAAGAGAAAGUAGCCACCAGCACCCCAAGGAUCUUGACGAGGAAGAUGAAGAUGAAGAUGUGAAAGCUGAAAGAGCAGCAGUGAAAAUGGCCAUGGUGGCUCCAAGUCAGGAGGAGGAGAAAUCAGUCAUUAUAGUCAGCAAUCUGUGCAAGGAAUAUAAAAUAAAGCAAGCUGGUUCCAUUUGCAAGAAGAAGAAGAAGAAGAAAAUGGCCACCAAAAAUAUUUCCUUCAGUGUUAAAAAAGGAGAAGUAUUAGGACUUCUGGGGCCCAACGGAGCUGGUAAGAGCACAGCUAUCAAGAUGAUUACUGGAGGGACACGACUGACUGCUGGGCAGGUGCUGAUGAAGACAGGAGAUGGAGCAACCUCCCACCUCCAGGACCACGUGCCCUCCUCCCUGGGCUACUGCCCACAGAAGGACCCGCUCUGGCCGGACCUCACCGUGCACGAGCACCUGCAGGUUUACGCCGCCGUGAAAGGGGUGUGCAAGGAGGACACAACUGCUGCUGUCAACCGGAUAGUGACUGCUCUGCAGCUUCAAGACUAUUUAAAAAAAAAAACCAGAAAGCUGUCAACUGGGAUAACCAGAAAGGUGUGCCUUGCCAUGUGCAUGCUGGGCAACCCCACCAUCCUGCUCCUGGAUGAGCCGUCAACUGGCAUGGACCCCAAGGGGCAGCACUUGCUCUGGAAGAUGAUUCGUGCUGCCCUGAAAACCCAGGAGACAGGAGCCAUCCUGACGACACACUCCAUGGAGGAGGUGGAGGCAGUGUGUGACCGCGUGGCCAUCAUGGUCUCCGGGCAGCUACGGUGCAUUGGCUCCGUUCAGUACCUGAAGAACAAGUUUGGCCAAGUCUAUCUGCUGGAAAUGAAGGUCAAGGAUCCAGAGCACACUGAUCGUCUCCAUGCUGAGGUUUUGAGGAUUUUCCCAAGUGCAGCCCGUCAGGAGCGGUUCCCCUCUUUGCUAGUCUACAAGGUCCCAAUGAAAGAUGCACUGCCCCUAUCUCAGGCUUUCUCCAAGCUAGAGGAAGCCAAACGGAACUUCAACCUGGAGGAGUACAGCUUCUCUCUGAACACUUUGGCUCAGGUGUUUUUGGAACUCUCCCGAGAGCAGGAAAAGGAUAAUUCUGAUCUGACUUUGGGUGAAACUUUCAAAUGGAAACACCUUCAGCAGGAGGACUGCUAAAGAUCCUGGAUGCCCAUUAACCUCCCUGAUGUGAUACUGCACCUAUUUACUACCAUGAGCAGCCACCACGAAGAGAGGACCAGGCUCUGCCUUUCCAGGGAGCAUCAGCUCCUCUUCAAUGCAGAAGACAUUUCACCUGGACACUGCAGGUGUCAACACUGAGCCCUGCCCUGCAGCAGAAGGACCAGAAGGUUUGCAGAAAGAAGGGCCACAGCCCAUCUCUGGGGAUUGAGGCUCUGCUUUGCUUGGUGGAUCUGGGUGCACCAGACACCUUCUGGGCUCCUCUCCCACCAAUCUGUGUUUAAAUACAUCUUACUGAAGUUUGCACUCUAUUUUUAUACCCUUCCAAUAAAUGUUUCUAUCGAA